AAGCACAAUCUCUUCUUAAAUAAUCUUCACUCACAGCGAAAACAAUCCCCUGCUAACUCCCGUCCUCCUCCUCCAACUUCCCAUGGCCACUUCCUCCUCCUCCUCCACCAUCGCACGCCUCAGCUUCUCCACAACCCGAUUCCCGGGACCCGAACCCGGCCCCGACCCGAAAUCCCUAUCUUUCCAUUCUCGCCCCCGCACGUGUCUUCCUCUCAAGCACAGCUCGGAACGACCGUCAAGAUCUGUUGUGAGGGCAGUCGCGGUUACUGGGAGUGACCAAGCAAUGGAGAUCGAUAUUUCUCUCAGCCCGAGAGUCAACUCCAUCAAGCCGUCGAAGACCGUCGCGAUCACCGACCAGGCCACCGCUCUCGUCCAGGCCGGCGUCCCCGUGAUCCGAUUAGCCGCCGGCGAGCCCGAUUUCGAUACUCCUUCUGCCGUGGCUGAGGCGGGGAUCAAUGCGAUUCGGGAGGGGUAUACCCGGUACACACCAAAUGCAGGGACUUUGGAGCUGCGCCAGGCGAUUUGUCAUAAGCUGCAAGAGGAGAACGGGAUAUCUUACGCACCGGAUCAGGUUUUGGUUAGUAAUGGAGCCAAGCAGUGUAUUGAUCAAGCAGUGCAGGCAGUUUGUGCACCAGGAGAUGAGGUUAUAAUUCCAGCUCCAUUUUGGGUGAGUUACCCGGAAAUUGCAAGGAAGGCUGAUGCAACUCCUGUGAUUCUUCAAACGAGCAUAUCUGAGAAUUUUCUAUUGGAUCCCAAGGUUCUCGAGUCCAAGCUCACUGAAAGGUCAAGAGUGCUGAUUCUUUGUUCUCCAUCCAACCCAACAGGAUCUGUUUACCCCAAGAAAUUGCUUGAGGAUAUUGCUCAAAUUGUAGCAAGGCAUCCCAGGCUUCUGGUCCUGUCUGAUGAAAUUUAUGAGCACAUAAUAUAUGCACCAGCAACUCACACGAGCUUUGCAUCUUUGCCAGGCAUGUGGGAGAGGACUUUGACAGUCAAUGGGUUUUCUAAGGCCUUUGCAAUGACUGGUUGGCGACUUGGAUAUAUUGCUGGUCCUAAACACUUUAUCGCAGCAUGUAAUAAGAUCCAGAGUCAGUCCACCUCAGGUGCUAGUAGCAUAUCACAGAAAGCAGGAGUUGCAGCCUUGGGUCUUGGCUAUGCUGGUGGAGAGGCAGUUUCUAUCAUGGUGAAAGCAUUCAGAGAGCGACGGGAUUUCUUGGUGAAAAGCUUAGGUGAACUUGCUGGUGUUAAGAUUUCAGAACCCAAGGGAGCUUUCUAUCUCUUCCUCGAUUUCAGCUGUUACUAUGGAACAGAGGCUGAUGGGUUUGGUAAAAUAGAGGAUUCUGAGUCCUUAUGCAAAUACCUGCUUGACAAGGGUCAGGUUGCACUAGUGCCGGGGGAUGCAUUUGGAGAUGACACCUGUAUACGAAUCUCCUAUGCAGCAUCCCUCUCAACCGUACAGGCAGCUGUGGAAAGAAUUAAGAAGGCACUCAUAGUGCUGAAGCCUGCUGCCCGUAGUUGACCUAAACAAAAUGCCACUGGCCGGUAAUGUUGUAAUUGCUCCAAUUGUGCCUUCAAAUUCUGUAUUCUAGCAUUUGCGUUUUGAAAUUUGCCCUUAGUAAACAUGAAGACAUCCACAAUAACGAAUCCAGUCCUGUAUCUUUAGUUAUGCAUGUAAUUAAAGGUGUGUACAUUUUGCUGAAUCUGAUUUUUGGACUUCUACCAUUUUUUGGAA